AUGGAACAAAAGGUUAGUAUGAACAUGACCAACAUUGUAAAUGAUCUACAUCCCUGUUAUGUAAUACAAGACUCCAAAUACAUGCUGACAAACAGCCCUUCCAUUAUAUGUGUAUUCUUGUAUGCAUUCCUUGCAUUAUUGUCUGUUAUAACAAUAUGUGGAAAUCUCCUUGUAAUAAUUUCUGUGAUUUACUUCAAACAGCUCCAUACUCCUACUAAUUAUCUCAUCCUCUCUCUUGCUGUGGCUGACCUGCUCGUUGGGAUUAUAGCAUUUCCUCUCAGCAUGGCAUUCUCUCUCAGCUCAUGUCUUUAUCAUGAGGGUUUGUUUUGCAAAGUGCGAGGGACCUUUGAUAUUUCACUGAGCACAUGUUCCAUCCUGAACCUCUGCUGUAUUUCUAUUGACAGAUACCAUGCUGUUUGCCAGCCUCUGACAUAUCAAACUAAAAUCAGCCCUCGUGUUGUUGUGUUCAUGAUCCUGAUGAGCUGGGGGGUUUCUGGGAUAAUUGGAAUUAGUGUCACCAUUGCUGGAUUUAAUAAUGAAAAAUGUGAGGAAUCAUGUUUGAUUGAUGUUCUAAUAGAAAGCACUGUUGGACCCAUGUUAUCAUUUUACCUGCCAGUGACCAUGAUGCUUUUUAUCUACCUAAAGAUUUUCUUUGUUGCUUUGAGGCAAGCAAGACGCAUCCAGAACACAACAAAGUGUGGACAAACUGCCAGUAUCAUGGAGAGAAAGGCGACCAAAACUCUGGCUAUUGUUCUGGGAGUUUUUAUAUUUUGCUGGAGUCCUUUUUUUCUUUCCAUCACAUUCCCACCAUUUACCAGUGAUUCUGUACCAGUUCCUGUAAUUGAAACUCUUAACUGGCUUACAUUGGCAAAUUCAAUGCUAAAUCCAUUUAUUUAUGCUUUCUUUUAUAGCUGGUUCAGGUCAGCCAUCAGAAUGAUUAUUUGUGGGAAAAUAUUCCAAGGGGAUUUUGCCAACACAAAUAUGACUUGA